AGAGGAGGGGCUGAGGCGUGCUGCACCGCGCAGCGACUCACCUCUGACAGAAUCCCAUCCCCACCUUUCAUCCCUCAACUUGUCCCGCGUCAGGAUGGAUGCGUUUGGCUGCCGUCGGACCCGGUAAAAAACAAAACAAAAAAAAGUGUCAGAACAAUGCGGUCGGACGGGAGAACCGUCAGUAACUGGAGCGUCUUUGGGCGUCGGUGAUGUUUGCAAUUGGUGACUGCAGAAAUUGCCAACGUGUCCACGGCUUAGCUGCUGGUGCGCUCUUGGAGAGGAAGAACGGACAUGUGAAUGAGAACGGCUUCACUUCAGCGGCUCACGUACCUGUCUUGCUUGUUUUAGUUCACUAACUCGAAACAGUAAAUUGCCACAAAGUCGCACAAGUGAAAACGGGAUCGAUCGAUUAAUUGAUUGCUUUUUUUUCUGCUUGAGGAGGAAUUCAUGCGCCGAUAGCUUACGAGGCCAAUAUGCCAGAAUGGGUCCUCUACAGUAUUUAUUUCUCAGUGGACUUCUGUACACCCAAACCGAUGGGUCUCGCCUUCGCCAGGAAGACUCUCCUCCCCGCAUUGUUGAACACCCCUCUGACCUCAUUGUGUCCAAAGGGGAACCAGCCACUCUCAACUGUAAAGCAGAAGGCCGUCCAACCCCCACGGUGGAAUGGUACAAAGAUGGGGAGCGCGUUGAGACGGACCGUGACAACCCCCGCUCCCACCGCAUGCUGCUGCCCAGUGGCUCCCUCUUCUUCCUACGCAUCGUCCACGGACGGCGGAGCAAACCGGAUGAUGGCAGCUAUGUGUGCGUGGCCCGAAACUAUCUGGGAGAGGCCGUAAGCCGGAACGCAUCUCUAGAAGUAGCAUUGUUACGGGAUGACUUCAGGCAGAACCCGCAGGAUGUGGUGGUGGCGGUCGGUGAGACUGCCAGUUUUGAGUGUCAGCCUCCACGUGGGCAUCCUGAACCCAACACCCUUUGGAGGAAAGAUAAAACCCACCUUGACCUCAAGGAUGACAGGAUCACGGUUCGUGGGGGAAAGCUGACUAUCUCUAAUACCAAGAAGAGUGAUGCAGGGAUUUAUGUGUGUGUGGCCGCCAACAUGGUUGGAGAGAGAGAAAGUGAAAAGGCUCAGCUCUCAGUGUUUGAGAGACCAGCGUUUGUGCAGCGACCUGUGAACCAGGUGGUCUUGGUAGAUGAGAGUGUUGAGUUCAGGUGUCAGGUCCAUGGUGACCCUCCGCCUACACUGCGAUGGAAAAAGGAGGACGUGGAUAUUCCCCGGGGCAGGUAUGACAUCAGAUAUGAAAAAGAGGACUUCCUCCUGAGGAUAAAGAAAGCAUCCAUGAGUGAUCAGGGAACCUUCACCUGCCUAGCAGAGAACCGUGUGGGUAAAGCCGAGGCCUCAGCCUACCUGACCAUCAGAGCUCGUCCCGUUGAGGCACCUCAGUUUGUGGUGCGACCCCGUGACCAGAUUGUGGCUCAAGGACGAACAGCUACCUUUCCCUGCGAGACCAGAGGCAAACCUCAGCCCACUGUCUUCUGGCAACGAGAGGGCAGCCAGGAUCUUCUGUUUCCCAAUCAGCCAACACAGGGGGAUAGCCGUGUGUCUGUGUCUGUGAAUGGAGAGCUGACCAUCUCAUCUGUACAACGCUCAGAUGCAGGGUAUUAUAUCUGCCAGGCCCUCACUGUGGCAGGGAGCAUCAUGGCCAAGGCCCAGCUUGAAGUUGCAGACGCCUUGAAGGACCGCCCACCACCUAUCAUCCGGCAGGGCCCAUCCAACCAAACGCAGGCGCUCGGAGGUGUAUCCCUUCUUAGAUGUUUGGCGUCAGGGGACCCAGAGCCUACAGUCACCUGGCGUAAGAAUGGAGUCAAUCUGCUUGGCAAGGACCCACGAUUUUCCCUUCUAGAGCAUGGCAGCCUUCAGAUCCAGAGUACCAGACUGUCUGACUCAGGGUUGUACACCUGCGUUGCUACUAGCUCCAGUGGAGAAACAUCGUGGAGUGCCUACUUGGAUGUCAGAGACUCCACUGACCUCAUCGACUUCAUGUCUCACAAUGCAACCGCCCUCCCAGGGCCACCCUCCAAACCAGAGGUCACCGAUGUUACUAAAAGCAGUAUCUCGUUGUCAUGGGAACCGGGGCCGGAGGCGGGCUCCCCAGUGUCCUCCUAUGUCAUCGAGGCUUUCGGUCAGUCAGUGAGUAACAGCUGGCAGACAGUGGCAGACCAUGUGAAGGCCACAGACUUCACAGUCAAGGACUUGCGACCCAAUACUGUCUACCUGUUCAUCAUCCGGGCAGUCAAUGCUCAAGGGCUCGGGGACCCAAGCCCAAUGUCUGAGCCUGUUCGGACUCAAGACAUUAGUCCCACAGCUCAGGGAGUGGACCAUCGCCGUGUGCAGAAGGAGCUGGGGGAUGUAGUGGUCAACAUGCAUAAUCCUGUAGUUCUUAGCUCCACUUCAGUGCAGGUCACAUGGACUGUGGAGAAUCCAUCCCAGUUUAUUCAAGGCUACCGCGUUCUGUACCGGCAAACUUCAGGGCUGCCCUCCCCAGGGCCGUGGCAGAUACAGGACUUGAAGGUUGCUUCAGAGAGAGACAUAACUCUCUCUGGUCUAAAGAAGGGCAUCGUCUAUGAGAUUAAAGUGCGGCCAUACUUCAAUGAGUUCCAGGGUGCAGACAGUGAAUCCAUGACCGCCCGCACCAUGGAAGAAGCACCCAGUGCGCCUCCAGAGCAAGUGACAGUGUUGACAGUGGGAAACCAUAACAGCACAUCCAUCAGCGUGUCGUGGGAUCCUCCUCCCUCCGACCAGCAGAAUGGCAUCAUCCAGGAGUACAAGAUUUGGUGUUUGGCCAACGACACCCGCUUUCAUGUCAAUAAGUCUGUAGACGCAACCAUCCGUUCAGUGGUGGUCGGGGGUCUGCAGACUGGAGUGCAGUACCGCGUGGAGGUGGCUGCAGGCACCAGCGCAGGAGUAGGGGUCAAGAGCAAACCCCAGCUCAUCAUCCUGGGUGCAGAACUGAGGGAUGUGAUGACAGGAUCGGAGGGCAACAAUAGCAUCUCCGACGUGGUGAAGCAGCCGGCCUUCAUCGCUGGCUUGGGAGGGGCCUGCUGGAUUGUCCUCAUGGGCUUCAGCGCCUGGCUGUACUGGAGGAGAAAAAAGAGGAAGGGACUUAGCAACUAUGCAGUUCAGUCCUUCACCUUUACUCGAGCAGUUACAUUCCAAAGAGACAGAGGCCUGAUCAGAAAUGGAAGCCGUCCAGGGCUGUUAAAGGCAGGCGAUCCAGGCCUCCCCUGGCUGGCUGACUCCUGGCCUUCCACAAGCCUCCCAGCUAAUGGCGGUUUAGGGAGCCCGAAAGGCGGAAGCAACUUUGGCCGAGGAGAUGUUUUACCGUCUGCAGCGGUGGAGAAGACGGGCACCAUGCUGUCUGAUGGUGCCAUCUACAGCAGUAUUGACUUCAUGGGGAAGGCAGGCUACAGCAGCCCAGCGCGAGGCAGUCAGCCCACCCCCUAUGCCACCACUCAGAUACUGCAGUCCAACAGCUUCCACGAGCUGGCUGUGGAUAGGCCAGAUCCCCGCUGGAAGGCUUCUCUCCAAGCCCAGCAGGAAAUAGCAAACCUGGGCUACUCGCUAACUGACAGACGCCCUGGCAGUGGUGCAAAGGUUGGGAAGAAAAAGAAGGUGAAGGGUGGAACAAAAACCUCUAAAUCAAAUGGGACAUGUUGGGCUAACGUGCCCCUGCCUCCACCACCCAUGCACCCUCUCCCUGGUACCGAGGUUGACCUUGAACGUUACCCCCAGGAAAACCACGGAGGAGGAUAUGACAGCAACAGUUGGGCCCCACCUUUGUCCGUCCAGACCUACCACCACCAGAAUUUGGACAAUGAAGUAGAGGAGGACAGAGGUCCUACUCCACCUCUGAGAGGAAGAUCGUCCUCGCCGGCAGCAGCUCCUUUCAGCCAGCCCUCAUCUUCUGCUCUCAGCACUACCCACCAUGAAGAAAUGCAAUCCAUUUUGCAGGCCCACUUGGAUGAGCUGACCAGAGCGUACCAGUAUGAGGUGGCGAAGCAAGCGUGGCAUAUGAAGAGCAGCCCGAAUGUGUCCAACAGCCCAAUGGACUUCAUGUCCAGCACACUGGGCUCGGAUUUGGGAACCACUCUCCUUUCUGAGGAAGACGAGGAGGAGGAGGAUGAAAGAUACGCUGUGGUGUCGAAAAAUCUGUGUGGCUUUGAAUACACUCCUGGUCACAGUGUGGAUAACCAUGAGGGCUCAGGUAAAGCCUCCCAGCAGUGUCACUCAGAUGCCUAUGGUGCCGCAGACCAUGGUGCACAGGGCUCACAUAGCCUUGGACACAAGAGGGCACCACUCACUGGCCACAAACCUCAGACAAACAAGGUUGGAACUCUUCCCAGACGAAGAGACACCAACACAGACGCAGCCCACGCACCGGCCAUGAAGUCCCUGCAUGGCAUGGGCCCCCACAUGCACAGCUCGUGGGCAGCUGCGGCCUCAGACCCCUCUGAGGAGUGCAUGGUGACCGUGUCGACGCUGGAGCGGCAGCAUAUGGCUUCCUGGAGUGGCACAGCAUCAUCCGGCAGGGCCACCCUGAGCAGGGGCUCCCACAAGAGACCUGGCACAGACCCCUCCCACAACGGACAUCCUUCCACAAACGGCACAGAGAAAAGGGAACACUAGUCUAUGUGAAGCGUCAUCCCCUGCACUUGCUGCCUGCCUGUCCCAGGACACCUUGUUUAUAAGCGCGAUGAGAUUUUUUUUUCUCUGCGAGUGACACAGAAUGAUGUUGGGAAGACAGAGAGGAGACAGAAUGAAGACCAAGAAACAAAAUUGUGCGAGAUAAAAUGCAGAGCUGUAAAUGUCAUGUACAGACACAGACACCACUCUCACAAUGUUAUUUUCAUCCCCCUCUUCAAAAGAGUAAACAGUAUGUUAUAUGUCCGCUUCUAUUUUCUGUCACAUGGUGUACAUCCGUUCACACAGUGGAGAUGAAGACUAAAACACACAAACAAAAAUGACUAAUUAAAAUGAAAAAGGACUUGCAUAAUUUGUAAAUAUAUUUUUUAAUGUUUUUUCUCUUUUGCUUUGCUAUGCAAGCCAAACCCAAUGUUGUCUCUUUUUGUGAUUUAUUACUGUGAAUCAUUUUUCAUUAAUGCUCAAACUGUUAGCUUAUUUUGAUGAAGCUACUGUAUUGUUGUACUUUGCACAGAGCGUUUUUGGUGAAAAUAAGCACAAACUCAUUGUCAGCUGAGCUGAGGAGGAGAAUCAUAAUGGCAAAGAGGGACGUCUAUGUUAAACAGAACAUAAACAGAAGAUAUAUACUUGGCUGUGCUGUAAUUGUUUUGAGAAAUACUCAUAUAUUGAGAGUUACAAGGUGGAAAAAAAAAACACAGGUAAAUACUUGGAACUAAUAUGCCAAAAUAACUAACUGUGUUUCAUACUUUUUUGCUGGGAAUCCUAUUAUGCAUUAUACUAACAAUGGUUCUCAGCAGAUGGUUACCAGAACAUUUUUUUAUGGUAACAAAGCAACUCAUCAGUUGUGAUAUCCAAAGCAAAGACAUAGGAAAAUAGGUACUUCUCUGCCAUUCCCAAAAAAGAAUAUGUUAAUAAAUAAUAUAUAUUUCUUUCCUUUCCAGUUACAUCCAGUGACAUGAUGAUAGUGCAAUAUUCAAGACAGUAAAAGGAAAUAAGAAGAUGAAAGGGACCCAGUGGAAGUCACAUGCAUUACCUUGGUGCAGCAGAGAAAGAUGCAUUAAAAUGUCCUAAUGUUACCUGCAGACAAAUAGGAUGCGAGAUUUUUUGGCAACUUAAUGUGAUGUUAAAGAUCAAAGAAAUAAUACUGAUUUGUCUUUGUGUUCUGUACCACACUGCUGAAUGGUUAUGGAUUUACACUAUCAUGUUACAAAGGUGUAUAGACUUAAAUGACUGCCAAAAUUUAAAGAUGUUUUGCAAAGUUUUAAAAAAGCAGCCAAUUAGCAUUUUCUGCCAAUGAGAUUCAGAAUGCAGUGUCUUUACGCUUGUUUGAAUGGUUAUGUUCUGAUCAUUGUUCUGGUUCUGGCUCUCCCUUUGAAGAAUCUUUACAUGCCAGAUUGGUUUGCCCUCAGGAAUACACAGCCACAUACAGUAGGGCCAUUUUUCAAUCCUUUGAUGCAAAAUAAAAUGUGUAUGUGAAAAUGAACCGGAUCUCCUUUUACAGUGCCUGAAGUCUGAAACACUGUUUGUAUUUACCCAAAAAAGUGGAAUUUGACAGAGCCUCACCUCCAUUUACAGCCAGUUACAAAUGGUUUCAGAUAUGAAAUAUAGUCUGGACUCACAGCCAAAAGGAAUAAUAUAAUAUCAUGUAUAUUUUUUGUUGCACAGUUAGAUAAAAGACACAUUGUCACCUUUGGAAAAAUCUUGAAAUCUCAGUGUUAGAAGUUUUAGCCACAAGAAAUAUGUUUUGAAGAAAACAUGAGCAUCAAUUUAAACAUUUGGCUCACACCAAUGCAAAAAAAUGAAGAACUAUUCUGCUGGCUUGGCCCGACUUUAUGGAUUUAAUUCUAUUUUAUUCUGACUAAUGCCCCUACUUUAGCUGCAUUUUGUAGACGUCUCCACACAGUCAUAUUGCAGAGGCCAUGCUUUAUAUGUGAUAUUGCACACCUAAGCAAACACGCAGGAAUAGUGCAUCUGCUCCAGGAAUUGACUGACUCACUGUUUUAAAAAAAUAAUUUUGUCUUAAUUGUUGUUUAAACUUUGGCCGACAUGGGCUGUUAUUCCACCUCGGUUAUCUCUGGGCCACAUGACGGCUCCAUGUUACCUGAAGAUAGCAUUGUUACUGCUCGUACAGAUCAGCAAUGUCGGGGAUAGCUACAGGCGACGAUGCAAUAUGUGUUACAGACACAGUGGGACAGCCUGUCAAUAUUGGUAUCUGGAAAUGAAUGGACAGGGAUUAGGACAGUGUGCAGAUACUGUGCAGGCAGGGGACACAAUGUGCAAUCCACUAUUACAACUUUAUAUCCCAUCUACUUCCAGAAGUGCCAUGAGGACAAAAGAUUUAGUACAGUGUAAUCAAUUCUAUAUCACUUUGAGUCAAUUUGCCUAACACCCAUUACAAACCCCAGCCCCUCCACCCCAACUAAUUUCCCCAGCUUGUACUACAUAAGAGUUUAAUGGAAGAACAGAAACACAUAGCCCAGCCCACAGAGCCCAAUUACAGAGCCCUGCCUGCAUUCAUAUAGCUACAGUUCUGUCUUAGAAGGAUUUAGCUUAAUAUACUGCUCACGGAAUGGUGUGCUGACUUUGUAGGUUGUUGUGGCUUUGGUUGGAUGAAAAAUCAGUUUACUGUAACAUAUUUAUUGCUGAUAUACUUUUUCAGCCCUCAGGGGACCAAUUUGGCCUCAAACUGCUUCACUUCUUCAGACAUUGCUACAAACAACUGACAAAAACACUUGUAAUGGAGGUCCGUUUUUUCCAUGAAAAGCACUUGUAGUAAUAAUGACAAUAAAGCAACUAAAGCAGCUUGAA